UACUAUCCCUACUCCUACUAUCCCUACUCCUACUAUCCCUACUCCUACUAUCCCUACUCCUACUAUCCCUACUCCUACUAUCCCUACUCCUACUAUCCCUACUCCUACUAUCCCUACUCCUACUCCUGCUCUGCACAUAUCUGCACCCUCUACGUGUAUGCUUAUUAGCGCUCUCAUUCGGCCUUCACUCUUGGUCGUGAGUCUUCCAAAAGGCCAGACACUUUGGCAUAAGGGGUUCAAGAUAUUGUUGUGUCCUCUCUCAAUGGUUGCAGCCAUCAUUGCCUUUAUUAUUUUGCUGCUAUGGGAGCCAAUACAAAUAACUCUUGUGGCUGUUGUGGGUGUGGCAAUGGUCCUGAGCUUGGGACUAACGAUUGUUGUUUUUCUACCCUUUGGGCCCAGCCAUGAACUGAGGUCCAUCUGUGAUUUGGUUCUCAGAGUGAUUUCCUUCACAACUGAGGUUUUUACCAUGGUGGCCAUAUUUGUGGGUCUGGAGGAAAUUGAGAAGUGCUGCUCGAUACACUGGCACAUGAAAGUGAUGGGAGGGUAUGCAGCCUGGGUGGGUCUGUUCUACUUGAUGUUCAUAUACCUCUGUUGCAACCAGAGUUACCAGAGGAAAAGAAUUGGUUACAAAUGGAUUGUGCCAAAGAGAACGAUACUCUUUGAAAAAAUCCUCAAUGUCAUCCUUGUUCUGGGCAAAUUGGGUUUUACAGUGGCUCUUAUCACUGGAAUAUACACUUAAUAUACACUAUUUGCAUUGGGUUCCCCCAAACCCCUCUUUUACGCUGCUGCUAAUCUAUUUACCAUAUAUGCAUAGUCACUUUAACUAUACAUUCAUGUACAUAGUUCCUCAAUUGGCCCGACCAACCAGCGUCUGUAUGUAGCCUCGCUACUUUCAUAGCCUCGCUACUGUUAUUUUUCAAUGUUUUUAUUUCUUUACUUAUUUAUUGUUCAGCUAAUACCUUUUUUGUACUAUUGGUUAGAGCCUGUAAGUAAGCAUUUCACUGUAAGGUGAACUUUGAUUUGAGACAUGAGGACGGUGUAAAGCAAGAGGUUUGCGUCAUUACAUUAAAACAUGUAUUAUGACAGUAGGUUUAUCCUGUAGAUACGUGUUAUCCACUUGGUAACAUACUGUAUGUCACAAAUGUACUUUAACCCUUGUUUAUCAUUCUUUAUUUUUGGUUUGGGUUACAAUGCACGUUUAUACUGUAUCAUGAAUACUUUGUUUGUCUGUAGUUAGAUUUCAAUUCAGUUGGCGACAGAUUUUCAUGCGAAUAUUCUAAAAUCCACAAAAUCAAUAUGCUAAUUUUCCCACCAUAGUUGCGAUGAGACAAGAUAGUAGCUACUAAAACAAUUGGAUACCACAAAAUUGGGGAGAAAAAGGGGUAAAUUAAAAACAAAACAAAUGAAGUUGUUGCACAUAAAAUGAUGUGUGUGAUGAAGUAGUGCACAUAAAAAUACCUUUUGCGGUUAAAUUCCCAUGUACCGAAUAAAAAAAAACAAGUUAAAUGGGUUUCAAUUAGAUUUAACUCCACUGGUUUUCUCACCCAAAAAUGUGCAUUAUAUUGCGAGUGUGCACUCUGGUAUUGGCACUGCACUCUAACCAACAGCACUCAGGGCGCAGAUUUAGUGCACUGUUGGCAAGAGUACACGUACACCUACAUCAAAGUGCUACCCUAUGAGGUUGGGAGACUGCUUGUUUCUGUCCUACCUGAUAAUUAAUUGCACAUACCUGGUGUACCAGGUCUAAAUCAGUCCCUGAUUAAAGGAAACAAUGCAGUGGAACUGGCUUCGAGAUCCAGAGUUGAGUUUGAAGGGCCUACAUGAUGAGAUU